AUCUUCUUGGUUUGAAAACAACAUCUUCUUUCGGCAGCACCUGGUGAGAUCGCGAUCGUAAGAUCUUUGGACAAUUCCGAAUCGAAGGGUUCGAAAUUAAAAAUCAAAAGUCGAUGUUGCUUUAGACGCAAUGUUGGCUAAUCUCAAAAAAUAGCGCACAACUGGAGCUCUUCCUAUAAUCGAUCAUCCACUACAGAGCUUUUGUGUGGAGAAGAGAAGCAUACGAUGUCGUUUAGCUCCUCCGUGUCAUCUGCACAGUCUCUGUCUAUGUUCGCCAAACCUUUCGAAUCAUCUAAGCCUUUAACGCCUCGUAUCUCUGCUUCUGCCGAUGUCCCUGACUUUCUCUCUGCCGAUUGGCUUGAAUCCCGUAGGAAAAAGCCAUUUGGUCCAAGAUUAAGUUUUAGUGCAGAUGAAGCAGUUCACCACCAGCUUGAUGCAUUGAAAUACAAUGACCAGCCUCAUCAAGAUUAUGGAGUUGAAGUCAUGUACAGAUUUGCUGGAUUUGAUCCCUUUCAAAGGUCUACCUACUUCGGGCGCUUUUUUGACUUGGGUCAGUUUGAACGAUUCAGGCGAAUUUUUCAUCAUUCGACUUAUCGGGUGUUGCUUGGCCAUCAGGAGAGGGAGAUUUUGAGCAGUUUGCAUGUAAAUGAGAAUUUGUAUAAGCAGCGUAUCUGGGUCCGAGGUACUCGACCUGAGGAAGAAGAAAUCUUCCAAUUCACCAUGGUUCAGUGUGUUGGUGGUUCUUGGGAUGGCUACUGGCUGACAGAAUCUUUGCUUCCCGAUGGAGAUGCUUUCUCUGGUGGUGUGGCUUACUGAAGUGGUAUCUGCAGUAGCGCCAGAAGUCAAUACGUUUCCAGUAUACAAAUAAGAGUAAUAUACAGUGUGAUAUAUAGUGUAGUUGCUUACCAUCACUGCUGGCUCAAGACUGGCCAAUCAUGUAAAUAGAAACCUGUACAUUUGAUAUAAUGAAACAAAUAGAUGUUGCCUCUGAUGAA